UGUCACUGAUCUUUACUCUUUACAUAACCAAAAAAAAAGGCAAUAAUAUCGGAGUUGAGAGCGUAGGAAGAGACGAUGAAACGAUACUUUCAACCAGUGGAGAAAAAUGGCUCAGCCAAGAAGCCCACUCCUUCACCUUCGAAGAAAGACGAUGAAAAUGGAGAGACAUUGGUUGAAGAUACGAAGAAAGAGCCCCUCAAGCUCUUGACUUGGAAUGCCAAUAGCUUUCUUCUUCGGAUCAAGAACGACUUCCCCGAGUUUACCAAGUUCGUCUCUGAUUUUGACCCUGAUGUCAUUUCCAUACAGGAAGUGAGGAUGCCUGCCGCUGGCUCAAAAGGGGCACCUAAAAACCCAGCAGAUUUGAAAGACGAUACUAGCUCAUCACGUGAAGAAAAACAGAUAAUUUUGCGUGCCUUGUCCUCCCCACCCUUUAAUAAUUAUCGUGUUUGGUGGUCUCUUUCAGAUUCAAAAUAUGCAGGCACUGCCCUAUUUGUAAAGAAAUGUUUCCAACCAAAAUCAGUUUUUUUCAAUCUUGACAAAAAGGCUUCAAAGCAUGAAACAGAUGGUCGGGUUAUUUUAGCUGAAUUUGAGACAUUCCGCGUCUUAAAUACAUAUGCACCAAAUAAUGGUUGGAAGGAGGAGGAGAACUCAUUUAUAAGGAGAAGAAAAUGGGAUAAAAGGAUACUGGAUUUUGUUUUGCAGUCUUCAGAUAAGGCUCUUAUAUGGUGUGGUGAUCUAAAUGUUAGCCAUGAAGAGAUUGAUGUUAGCCAUCCAGAAUUUUUCAGUGCAGCUAAGCAAAAUAAUUAUGUACCUCCAAAUAAAGAGGAUUGUGGACAGCCUGGUUUUACCUUGUCUGAGAGAAAGCGUUUUGCUAACAUAUUGAAAGAGGGAAAGUUAAUAGACGCAUAUAGAUAUCUACACAAAGAGAAAGACAUGGAACAAGGAUUUUCAUGGUCUGGAAACCCCAUUGGAAAGUAUCGUGGCAAAAGGAUGAGAAUAGACUACUUUAUUGUCUCGGAGAAACUGAAAGACAGGAUUCUUGCAUGUGAGAUGCAUGGAAAAGGCAUUGAGUUACAAGGUUUCUAUGGAAGUGAUCAUUGUCCAGUCUCCCUCGUGCUUUCAGAAGCGAGCUCCAUAAAUUCUGGAGAAAGUUGAUGUCGAUAUUUACUUAUAUUGCCUAUUAGAACGCUUAGUAUUAUUAACCAGUAAUUUUAACAGAAAACAUUCAAGGUAGUUGUUGUUGGGUACAUUGGUUUAAUUUAGUUGACAAUUCACAUGGUCUAGCUGGCCAAACCUGGUCCACCACUUUCCCCUAUUACAAGGGAAAAUAAACAAGAUUUGGAAAGGAAAAAGUAAAGGAGACCCAACAAAGCAUAUUUCUUUUGUACAUGGUACCAUUACCAAUCCCCUGUUCUUACCGGUAUUAAAAUCUUAGAGAAACACAUUUGUAGCUAGUUGGGUUUGGUCUAACCUGUUUUAAUGGGCAUCUUUAUUAGUUAUUAGUGUACUCAUUCUUAUGAAAUGCAAAUGAGAACACUGCCAAAAGGGUAUCUGUCCCUUUCUGGAGCUGAUCAA